AUGGCUAACAAGUCCAUGCGGUGCGCGAACAAGGCCGCUGAGAGCGCGUCUGCACGUCUCUGUACAGACGCCGAAGCAGAAUCCGCUGCAAACGAUGUGUCAUCGGUUGCGAAAGCGUCUCAGCCUGUAUCACUGAUGAUGCAGGCGCUCGUCAUGAAGACACUCGUGUCUUCACAGAGUAUGAGCUCGGUGUCUCAUGCUCUCCUGAUACGGAUGACGGAUCCGUAUCGACGGCGAUCGAAACCAAGCCACCUGCCAAGCGUGGCAUGGAUGAUGCUAUGCGUCGUAGCAUCUUUGGAUCGCUAUCGAGCACAAUUGUUCGAUUCGUCAAGGAUCCAUCAUUUAAACCCCAGUGCAAAAAACUAUCGCGCUGAGAAUGAUUUCUUCAUCGAUGCUUUCUUUAAGCAUAGAUGGUACAGUGGGAACCACAAGCGUGAUGGUCCCUUACUACUUCAAGCGUGGAACGCCUACAUCCAUAACCUCGAGGAUGUAGGUCGUGACGCUUGGAACGACAAACUUAUCAAAGCUCGUGAUAAGUAUGAAAAGCGAACCCCGACAGGUGCACGCUACAAGCUGUAUCGUCUUUCUAGGGAGAAAGGAUUACCCUGUCUCUCCUGGAGAGACCCGUGCCCUUGUUGUGUGAACAACUCUGCGCGCGCACCUAAGGAGGCCUACCUCCUCACUAGCCCGUGGUGGCGCGUACGUAUGUCCAGUGAGAUGUACGAAGGGAUCGACAACCUGAAAUCCCUUUACGACCGUGCCGGGAAGACUUUCUCCAGCGGUCCUUCUGCGGCACAGAAUGUGCAGCGUCGUACUGCUCGACCAGACCCAGUACGUCAAUCAUCAGUUGGGAUCGGGGCUCCCAAGAAUCCCAGGACGGGGGAUACCCGCGCCACCGGACGAGAUAACUCGUCCAACGUCCGUUCACGUCGCGGUGGUUCAACAGCUGCUCAACCAUAUAGCGCUGGCCACCGCGAGAGUCCUCUAAUGGAGGUUGAGGAGGAGGGAAAACGCUCUCCAAACUAUCGUGGGGAAGCGUGUGUCUCCGAAAGCCUCUUUGAUCGCGUAACGCAAAGGUUACGCGGUGAUGUCGAACAUGAGCGGUACAGGCGUCUACGAAUGGCGCACACUGUCUUGAAGCAUCGAGCUGAGUUUGCCUUUGCUCAGCUUGAGAACGAGAGAGCUUUGACAUCUUAG